GCCCUCUUGACCGAUUUUCUCGGGGCGCAUUCAGUGCAGAACCCCCAGUCGUUUCCAAUCCUCACCGACUGGCAGCAUGCCUCCCACUCGCCAGCUCAGCGACGAGUCCGCUGGGCACGAGCGCCCUAGAAGGCGCAGCUCCUUCCACGGUGUGGAGGUCCAUGUCGAGGAGAUAAUGCACAGCCGCAUGACCGACGCCCAUCACCUCGAGAUGAAAAUGGAUGCGACGGAUUUCGGCAACGCUGCUGGCAUCGACUUCGCCCCGACGAAGUCGCCGCACAUCGUCAAGCAUUCCAGGAGGCCUUCUAACGGCCCGCAACUCGACGGAGUGCAGGACGAGGCGCUGAGGGGCCCCGCGUUGCUGUAUAAGGACCUCAAGGAGGUGGUCGUCCUUUCAGAGGGCGUCAUGCAGCUCGAGUUUUGGCCCCACGUGUGGGAGCAUGUGACUUUGAAGCUGAAGUGUGGGACUUCGGUUGAUCGCGAUGAACUUCUAGUGAGGAUUAGGGAGCACUCCCUCGGGAAGCCUUGGGAGCACGAGUACGACUCUUCGGUCUGCUUCGCGUUUAUCCGGCUCCAGCGCACUUUCACAGGCGAGACGAGCACCGUGGAUAAGUUCUUGGCAAUCCCUGAGUUCAUUGUGAACGUGUGCCUGAUGAGCACGCUGUCUGUGGUCGACGUAAAGGACAUCCGGAAGGAGGACCGAUGGCCGUUGUGUUUCGUGGGCUCCAUGAUUUGGUUGGCCUUCCAGUCGUGGGUCUUGCUUGAGGCCUGCGACGCCAUCCACUACCAUAUACCAGCCAUUCCCACUAGUUACCUGGGUAUCACAGUCUGCGCUGUGGGGACAUCGUUCCCAAACGCGGUCGCUUCCGUCAUAUUGGCGCAGCAGGGGAAGCCCGACGCGGCAGUCGCCAAUGCAGUGGGCUCUUGCGUCCAGAACAUCUUCGUCGCGAUGGCGCUGCCUUGGGCGUUCUUCUCGGCGCAGAGUAUGAACUUCGGGGCAUUGGCGCUGGACGUGUCGGGUAUCAACGAGGGCAUCGUCUGGAUGAUGGGCACCCUGGCGCUGGUACUGCUGCUCGCGCUGUGGCCCCCCUCGUUCACGCUGCAAAAGAGCCAUGGUGUCAUCCUCAUCCUGGUCUACGUGGCCUACCUUGUGGACGUUACUUUGGAUCAGUUCGUGAUCUCCGUCUGUCCCACUCUGGUGUCAGGAUUCCUCUGCUGACCUUGCUCGUCCACCACGCAAGUUGAGCUGACAGGCGCUGGUCGUUUGCUUACCCAAACCAGUCUGUAUGUGAUCGGCUUCUGCCCCACUCGGUGACUGGAUUCCUUUGCCGACCUUGCUUGCUCGCCAUGUAGGUUUACUUAACUGGCGCCUGAAUGCGUUGACCGUCACACCAAUGCUUUUUACCCCGUAUUCUUCACAACAAGUGAAUGGGGCAACACGAGGAUUUCUGCAGCGGCAUCGUUGGGGAAAUCCAACGGUACAUGCGACGUUGCUUCGAGAUGGCCAGGCUUGCACCGUCAUUGCUGCAUUUGUAGGCAUUUAGAUUGGAGUCACAGUACUUCUGCCCCUCACGCGCGCUCGGCCGCGCGCAGGGCCGCACUCCCCCAGCCAGCGCAAACAACGCAUUCGGAUGACUCGCUGGAAAGGGGGAAUGUGGAAUGGUGAAUCAGACGUAGUUUCCAUCAAGAGAAACGAAGGCAAAUGGACAUGUGAAUUUGCACCUCCGCCAACAGAAGAGGGAGCGCGCAAAUCCCGCGCGUUCGCCACUAGGGAGGAGGCGGAGAAAUGCCAAAUCGCCUACAG